AUCGCUAUCACCAUCGCAGCCAAGCCAGCUUAUUUGUUGCUGUACGCCGGCAAGUGUGUUAAUAAGCAACUCCUAAACUAAAACACUUUGCCUAAAAGGAAUACUUGGACAGUUGCUGAUAAGCGAUUUGGAUUAAUUUGAUUCGCGUGUUUUUGGGAUUCAACAACAUAGCGCACAGCUCCAAAAUGUGGAGCCCACAAAAAGGUCCUACACGAUUGUGGGACCUUAGGCUUAGUCAUAUAUUUAUUUUACCUUUAAUGUUUAGUUUAGUCUUAGCUGGUAAUGAAUUGUGGCCCAUGGAACGGCCGGAGGGAAUGCCAAACAUAGUUUCUUUAGAAGUGAUGUGCGGUAAGGAUCACAUGGAUGUACAUUUGACAUUUUCACAUCCAUUCGAGGGUAUCGUCAGUUCAAAAGGGCAGCACAGUGAUCCGCGCUGUGUUUAUGUGCCGCCAUCGACGGGCAAAACAUUCUUCUCAUUUCGGAUAUCGUACUCACGUUGCGGCACGAAGCCCGACUUACAUGGCCAGUUCUAUGAGAAUACGGUGGUUGUGCAAUACGACAAAGAUUUGCUGGAAGUCUGGGAUGAGGCGAAACGUUUGCGCUGCGAAUGGUUUAACGACUACGAAAAGACCGCAUCGAAACCGCCAAUGGUUAUUGCCGAUUUGGAUGUAAUACAGUUGGACUUUCGCGGUGAUAAUGUUGACUGCUGGAUGGAGAUACAGCAUGGCAAAGGCCCAUGGGCACCGCCAGUUAGCGGUAUUGUGCCACUAGGCUCUACACUUACACUUGUGGUUGCUAUCAACGAUUAUCGCGGUGAAUUCGAUAUGCGCGUCAAGUCGUGCGUCGCUUCCGAUGGUUCUGGUCAUGUUAUCAAUCUAUCUGAUGAAUUCGGUUGCGUCUUGCGUCCCAAGAUGAUCUCACGCUUCCUGAAGGCGCGAGCUCCCGACGAGCGUGCCACUGUCAUAACGUAUGCCUUCUUCCAUGCCUUCAAAUUUCCCGAUGCGCUCAGCGUACACAUCAAAUGCAAAGUUGAAAUCUGCCGUCAUGGCUGUCUCGACCAUUGUCAGCUCACCGGCAGUGUUAACGAACGCAAAGAUGUACUGAUGAACGAUGCUUUGGGCAAUCAAAACGAACUAAGCCAGGAAAUGGGCAUACCAAUGGGCGGCGCAGGUGGCGGUGCUGGUAUGGGCGGUGAUGGUGCAGUCGAUCACGAUAUCUUCUACGAUGACAUAAUACACAAUCGCAAGCAACUCUCAUCGAUCAAUAGUGGUAUUGCCAACAUACUCGAUCAGUUUAAUAUGCAUGAAAAGAAUGCCAAUCUAUCACCGCGACCGGUGCAUGAAGAACCCGAAGACUCGGAUCUGGAUUCAUUAUUCGGCGAGGAGGAGUUGGCCGAUCUGGAUGAAGCACAGUAUAUGGAAUUGAAGAAGAGUGGCAAAUUCCCACAUGGACCACGUCAAUUUGAAGCGCAAAAACGCAUUGGUGUGCCAAUGGCCGGCCCACGAUCGCUGGAGCCCAAAACGAACGACGACACAGCGCACCCGAUUUACCGUCCCCAAGCUGAAGCACUGAAACGCACACGCGAAGAUCACAUUGAUCUCGAUGCAAGCGAAGAGUUGUUGAAACAAAAGUCCAAUCAAUCUGCUGGUGGUGAUGACAAAAAAACAGAGCGACGUCGACGACGAUCGAUUGUAAUUGCCGAUCGUAAGGUGCGCAGCGCAGAUGUCGGCGUUAGCGGUCUGUACGAUGUCAUCUCCGAAGCUGAUCUGGCUUUCUCGCCCGACUCCAAACAGGAAGCGGUCACCGUGUUUCAGGGUAAAAUAACCGAAGAGGUGGUCUAUGGCAUUUGUAUGCCGGUGCCUGGAUUCAGCAUACUUUUCAUUGUCGUUAUUUCGGCAACAAUUGUAUCCGCGCUGAUCGCCGGUUCACUGCUCUAUCGCUAUCAGCUGCAGAAGGAGGCGCUUGAGAAACACACACCAAUGCCGGCGCCAGGCACAUUCGCAUCCUGGAUGACUCUGCGACUUUUUCGCAUGCGGCAUAUGCAAGAACAACAGCAACGACAGCAAAUUAGUGUGCCCGUUGCGACAGCGAGUGCGGUGGCGCACGAAACAGUGCAGUAGAGUGAGAGCGAGAGCGAGAGAAAGGGCAAGAGAGCGGGGGCGAAAUAAAUGCAGUAGAGAAAAUUAAGUUGACUAAAUGAAUGAUGCAUUUGAAGUUAAAUUUUAGUAAUGAAACUAUGUACUUUGAAGAAAAAUUUGAAAGCGGGCGUGUGCUGAUGAUCCUAACUGGUAUCAAUGUGUCAAUGAUUGAAAGCACACACAGGCAAGAAAUUGU